CAUCUACACGGACACGUCUCACCGACGGAGGACGACAACAUGGCGGCCUCCUUACGCUUGGGUCGUCAGGGAAUAUUAUUUGGCCUCAGGUUAUCUAAUUUUAACAAAUGUUUGAGGGGGACACAAUCAUGGCAGGAGCACACCAGACACUUCUUUCAGUCCCCUUAUUUUUACGGUGUCGCUCCCCUCAAGGUGCAAAUGCCAGCUCUUUCUCCAACCAUGGAGGAGGGAAACAUAGUCAAAUGGCUGAAGAGUGAAGGUGAGGCAGUAGCAGCAGGUGACGCCCUCUGUGAGAUUGAGACUGACAAGGCUGUUGUUAUCAUGGAAUCUAAUGAUGAUGGUGUCUUGGCAAAGAUCUUGAUGGAGGAGGGCAGUCGCAAUGUUCGCCUGGGCACUCUCAUUGCCCUCAUGGUGGAGGAAGGGCAGGACUGGAAGCAGGUCGAGAUCCCACCUCCAGAAGCUGCUGCUCCAUCUGCAGCUCCAGAUGGUACCCAGGCCUCCGCUGCUCCAGUUGUGCCCCCUCCUGCUCCUUCUGCACCUCAGCCACCAAAACAGACCACAUCAGGACCGUUACGUCUGAGUCCAGCAGCAAGACACAUCCUGGACACCCAUGGUUUGGACCCAAAACUGGCCACACCCACUGGACCAAGAGGACUGAUCACCAAGGAAGAUGCACUGAAUCUUUUGAAGACGUCUCCAGCGCCCAAAGUCACUCCAGCCGUUGCCGCCACACCUGCCCCAAGUCCCGCCCCCACGCCGGCAGCCCCUCCUCCGCCCCCAGGAACCAGACCCAACAUACCCCCUCUUUCUGUACCAGGGAAGCCAGGAGCACCGGGUACUUUCACAGAAAUCCCAGCCUCAAAUGUUCGCCGUGUGAUUGCUCAAAGGCUAACACAGUCGAAGACCACCAUCCCCCAUGCGUAUGCCUCCAUCGACUGCGACAUGGCUGCCGUUAUGCAGCUCCGCAAAGAGUUGGCCAAAGAACAGAUCAAAGUUUCUGUUAAUGAUUUCAUUAUCAAGGCAGCUGCUGUAACACUUAAAGAGAUGCCUGAAGUGAACGUGACAUGGUCUGGUGAUGGACCCCACGCACUCGAUACAGUCCACAUCUCAAUCGCAGUUGCGACCGACAAAGGCCUCAUUACCCCCAUCAUCAAAAAUGCUGCCAACAAAGGAGUCCAGGAGAUUUCAACUAACGCGAAGAUGUUGGCCCAGAAGGCUCGAGAUGGGAAACUUCUUCCAGAGGAGUACCAGGGAGGUUCAUUCAGUAUAUCGAACCUGGGGAUGUUCGGUAUCAGUGGCUUUAGCGCCGUCAUCAAUCCUCCUCAGGCGUGCAUCCUUGCCGUCGGGACGUCCAGAACGGAGCUGCGACUGAGUGAGGACGAGCAGACCCUGCGCAGCCAACAGCUGAUGACAGUCACACUGUCCAGCGACGGACGACUAGUGGAUGACGAAUUGGCGUCGCGAUUCCUCGAUAAGUUCAGAGCCAACCUAGAACAGCCACAGCGCAUGGCCCUCGCCUGAAAGUAUUUGUAGAGAUGUUAAGUGAAAGAGAAGGCAGUAAACACCUGCAUGACAAAGCCAAACUCUUAAAAAUGAAUCUUAACUAUUCCUGCUCGGAUUAAGGCUUAAAGAACAGUCAUGUACAUAGUGUAAACUUGGCCUCUGUCCACUGCUCGCUUCAGACUGAUUAGAUCCAGGCUUUGUCAUGGAGGUGUUCAACUGGACUCCUUAUAGACUCUUAGAUGAUUCUGGCAGCAGUGCCAAAUAUUACAAGACAGAAGUUGCUUAUAGCCGGGUGAAUCCCACAGAAUAAGGGUUGCUGUUCUGUCACUCCAGUGUGUGUAUAUAUGUACGUGGUUAAUCCAGUUCAUAUUCUACUUUGCAGUCGCAGUGCAUCUGCUCUGUCUCUAUUAAUACACACGCAACAAAUCGUACUGUAAAAUCCUUUAUUGUGUACAUUUGUCAAAAAUAUUUAUUACUGAACAUCCACGGCAGUGCAGUUAAAUACUGGUAAAACCAUGAAAUGAACUGGAGCCUCUACCCCCGCCCCCCCCGUU